AAUAUAAUAAUAACAAAAACAAAAUAUAUAAAACUGUAUAAUACACCAUGAGCAUUCAAACACCACUGUCGGCAGAGUACCCACUAACACUACAGGCAAUCGAUUUCUUUGAAAAACUUAGAGAUAAAGUAUUAAACGGCCCUCACCACCAAUAUAUAAGACGGAAUAGAAUUUGUGUAGGAUGUUUUAAACGACAUGUCAGAGAAGCGAACAGAAAAAUGAGUAUGCCAUUGAACCCAUACAUAUUAAACAGGGCAAUGAUACAUGUUACGGCGUUUAUACACGCGGUAAUAAAUCAUCCGAACGCGGAGAGAUCGGUGUGUGUAGAAGUGGGGGAGAUACUAGAGGAUGUUAUUGCUCGACGGAUUAUUUCGGUUAAUCACUUAUUCGAAGAAUAAAA